UAAUUAAAUCAGUGCAUAUUUGAGAGAGAAAGAGAGAGGAGAUCCAUUCCUUUGCAUAUAUCAGUUUAUGUUGUUAGGGUUGAGAAACCAUAACCAAACACCGAGCUGUCUCUUCUUGAGUUUUCUCUUAAUCACCACAUUAAUAUAAACACUCCAUUUUUUGGUUAACUUUUCUGGGUUUUUUUUUUCUGUUCUAUAAGCUUUAACAACAUAGAUGCUAGAGACGAUGGCAGAAGAACCGGUUUCAAAUGGUUUUAUGCAGAAUCCUGUACCUGGAUCCAAUAACCCUCCUGUUGCAAAGAGGAAGAGAAACCUACCAGGAACACCAGAUCCUGAAGCUGAAGUGAUAGCUUUGUCCCCAAAGACUCUGAUGGCAACCAACAGGUUUUUGUGUGAAAUAUGCGGCAAGGGUUUCCAAAGAGACCAAAACCUUCAACUCCAUAGGCGAGGCCAUAACCUUCCAUGGAAGUUGAAGCAAAGGACUACAAAGGAAGUGAGAAAGCGGGUGUAUGUGUGCCCUGAAAAGACCUGUGUCCAUCACCAUCCUUCCAGGGCUCUCGGGGACCUGACUGGCAUAAAGAAACACUUUUAUCGGAAGCACGGGGAGAAGAAGUGGAAGUGUGAGAAGUGUUCAAAGCGAUACGCUGUGCAGUCAGAUUGGAAAGCUCACUCAAAGACCUGCGGCACCAGGGAGUACAAAUGCGAUUGUGGUACUCUAUUUUCAAGAAGAGAUAGCUUCAUCACGCAUAGGGCUUUCUGUGAUGCUUUGGCUGAGGAAACAGCUAGAGUAAAUGCAGCUUCCAGCAUGCACAGCUUGGCCACCACCAAUUUCAGUUACCAACUUAUGGGGAAUCCAUUAGAUACUGGGAUGCCACAACAUUUUCCCUCUAUCUUCAAAACAAUUUCAAGCAAUGAUGAAACAAUAGAUCAAACUAGACGUGGUUUUUCCUUGUGGAUGGGCCAAGCACCUCAGGGCCAUGAUUCAAUUGGCAAAAGUCUCCAAGAGAUUCAACAAUUUGGUUCUUUGAAUUCGGGAUCCAUGUACAGCGAUCCCCUGGUUUCGACAUCGAAUCCUCCGGCAUCAGAUUAUCAGUUAAACUGGGUGUUUGGCAAUAAGGUCUCAUCCGGUAAUGCUGAAGAUCAGCUAACCAGCACUUCACUUCCUUUGAACAAUAAUGCCAAGGAAAAUGGAACUCAACUUGUGAGUAUUCCUUCAUUAUUUAGCACCCAACACCAGUCUCAGCAAACCCCAUCUUUCAGUAUGUCUGCCACAGCUUUAUUACAAAAAGCUGCCCAAAUUGGUGCCACUUCAACUGACACUUCAUUCCUAGGAAGCUUCGGGACCAAGUGUAGCAACAGUCAAAUUCAAGAUGGGAGCCAGUACGGUGACCUGUAUGUGUCAAACACACAAACGACUACCCUAGGACGUGACAUGGAAAAUUCGGCAAACGAUAUUUCCACGUUGAAUCAAUUGCAAAUGUACCCUCCAAAACGCCGGUACUUGCAGAAUGAAGAAAGUGGGGGAGGACAAACAAGGGAUUUUUUGGGUGUGGGAGUACAGCAGGCCAUCUGUCACCCAUCUUCAAUCAAUGGAUGGAUAUGAAAAAUGAGCAGAAAUUUACCUAAUUCUCUUUAUGGAAAGCUUGGGUGAUGGAUAAUAAAAGUGGAGUUAAAGAUGGAAAGGGAGAGACGACAUAAUGACUUUGCAAGGAAGAAAAGUUGCAGAGGUUAACAGUCUCCUAGGGGAAUUAUUCAAGAGAUUAAGGAUAAUGAGAUCCAUGCAUAUUCUCUUCAACCUUUGAGAGUCCAACAAUCCCUUUUAAAAAUUAUGCCUUUAUUUUUUUUUUUUAACUUUGAUAAAAGGGGAUAUGAAGUAGUGGGGGGAAAGCAAAGCAAAGCAAAGCAAAAAAAAAAAAACCUUUGGAGCUCCAUUAUUGCAUUAAUUGUUUCAUCUCUAUGGUUGUUGUUGUCCUGUCAUACUAGAUUUUAAAAAAGUAAUUACGUAUCCAUAAAAUAAAAGCUUUCAUUAUUCUACCUAAUACAAGCAACAAGCUAUGAACUGUUAAUUGGAAAUAAUAUAAUGUAGCU